AUGUCACGUAGACCUGAACCUGAUUACGAUCUAACCGAACGCGAAUAUGACCCUGAAGAACGACAGAGGGAGCGAGAAGAACGACUGAAGGAGCGAAGAGACAAAAAGGAAGAAGAGCGAGACAGACGGCGCGACCUCGAGCCAGACUACGAAGAUGUCCCGUUCGACAAGUACAGGACCGAGAACGUGCAGGACAGAUACCACGAGUACUAUCCGCGCCGGGGAGACUCUCCAGAGUUGCGCAAGUACCUCGAGACGGAGCGGUCGUUGGUGUCGAAUCCGGCCAGCCGGCGCGACGAGAACGAAGCGGAGCGAAGUUACGUGACCCGGGACAACAAACAGGCUCACCGGGAGCGACGCGAUUCUCAGGUCUCGAUGAAAGACAUGGCUUAUUCCAGAGGCCACCCGCUCUAUGAUGGCUACAAGUCGUAUAGGGCCAAGAGAGCUCCUCCGCGCGACGAACAACAAGGGUCAUCAGGCGGGGCUGACUCCCCAGAGUCGUCUCGAAGAUGA